AUGUCCAUGAAGUUUAAUCCAGAAAGGUUGAAGGUUUAUAUGACUAUUGAGAAUUUUUGUGAUGCUGACUUAAGCGACUCGAUUUACAGGAACAAAGUCAGAUAUUAAUAAAGCAUUNCAUAGUCAACUAUAGGAGGACAAAACAGUAUUUUGCAAUUAGCCACAAUCGUAAAGGUAUCAAAUAUUGGAUUAGAACUAGUUGAAAUGCUGAUUUUCAUGAAAAUAUAUGGCAUGAGAAGAAACAAUAAAGCUAUGGUUCUAGCAGUUUCUUUAAAAUUGCCAUUAGGUAAUAGAUUUCAAGUAACUUUAAUGGAAUUAUCAAUAAGAAUACGAAUAUAGUUUGCUUUGACUUUGGAAACUUGA